AUGGACUUUGGGUCAAGAACCCCGUCGAGCGAGCAAUUGGGAAGAAUCACAGACCGACUGGGCCUCUACCAGAACCAGCUUCUUUCAUCCUCUAGCUCCUCUUCAUCACCAUCUUCUACGCCAACAAACGUGUCCUCCACCCCGACAUCAUCCUCAAUGUCUCGCGACCCAAUCACCUGCCACGUCCUAAACACACUGACGGGCACGCCCGCAGCAAGCCUCCCGGUGACGUUGACUCUCCUAUCCGGAGCGUCGACCGGCCAGACCAGCCCUGUCACUUUCCGCGCCACCACCGACGCAGAUGGACGCGUGAAAAACUGGACAGCUGAAGCGGCCACCUCGACGACCGUUCCCGCCAUCCUGUCCGCACUGCCGGCCGCGGACAGCAAGACGAACUGGUCCGUCCGAUUCGACGUCGGCCCGUGGUAUGAGGCACAGGGCGUCGAGAGCUUCUGGCCCGAGGUGGAGGUGAAAUUCACCGUGAAGGGUAGAGGUCGCGAGGGCGAGGAGGGCUGGCGGCAUUAUCAUGUUCCGGUGCUUUUGGGACCGUGGAAUUAUUCGACUUAUCGGGGGUCGUGA